GCCCCGCCGGGACAGCGCGAUGGCGGCGCGCGGCCGCGGCAGCACCUGAGCGCAGGAUGAAGGAGUGGUGGCUGCAGGUGGGGCUGCUGGGCGUGCCCCUCCUCGCCGUGUACCUGCACAUCCCGCCCCCCCAGCUGUCCCCAGCGCUGCGCUCCUGGAAAUCCUCCGGGAGCUUCUUCACCUACAAGGACCUGAACAUCUUCUACAGAGAUUCCAGCGGCGCCGUCGGCAGCUCGGACGUCGUGGUGCUCCUGCACGGCUUCCCAACGUCCAGCUACGACUGGAGCAAGAUCUGGGAGGGGCUGACCCAGCGCUUCCACCGGGUGAUUGCCCUGGAUUUCCUUGGAUUUGGGUUCAGUGACAAGCCUAGGCCCCAUGGCUACUCCAUCUUCGAGCAGGCCACCAUCGUGGAGGGGCUGCUGCGCCACCUCGGGCUGCGGCACCAGCGCAUCAACCUCCUGUCGCACGACUACGGGGACACGGUGGCCCAGGAGCUGCUCCACAGGUAUGAGCACAACAGAACUGGGAGCAUCCUGAUCAACAGCCUCUGUUUGUCCAACGGAGGGAUUUUUCCCGAAACAAACUACCCCCGUUUCAUCCAGAAGCUCCUCAAGGAUGGGGGUUUGCUGUCCCCCCUCCUCCUGCGGCUCAUGAACUUCUUCUUCUUCUCUGGAGGGCUUGGGGCAGUUUUUGGGCCCUACACUCAGCCCUCCCAGGCAGAGCUCUGGGACAUGUGGACAGCGGUGAGGAACAACGACGGGAACCUCGUCAUGGACAGUAUUUUGCAGUACAUAAACCAGAGGAAGAAGCACAGAGAGCGCUGGGUUGGAGCUUUGAUGUCUACCUCAGUCCCAUUGCAUCUCAUCUAUGGGCCCCUGGACCCUGUGAAUCCACACCCAGAGUUCCUCCAGCUUUACAAGAAGGUGCUUCCCAUGUCCACAGUGUCUGUGCUGGAUGACCACAUCAGCCACUACCCCCAGCUGGAGGAUCCCCUGGGAUUUCUGAAUGCCUACCUGAACUUCAUCAACUCCUUCUGAGCUGCUGCAGAUCAGUGCUCAGUCAGGCUUUGGGGGCAGGA